CAACAACCGCGUUUUACUGAAUCAUUUUAUCCAUCAUCAAUUCCCACAAUGCUCCGAGAGAUGACAAAAUAUUGAGGUUUUCUAGGUAUGAUGGCGCUAGGUGUUGUACACUAAAAAGAGAGUAACCUAAAAACCUGGAGGGACUUUUAUUAACUGCGAGGAAAAAACGGAGCGGCGAACUACUGAUGUUCAAAUCUAGCUGCUGAGAUUCAUGGAAAAAGGACACGACAACUCCACCAGUAUGGCAGCGUCAGAGCUGUACACAAAGUUUGCUCGGGUGUGGAUCCCUGAUGCAGAUGAGGUGUGGAAGUCAGCAGAGCUCACUAAGAACUACAAACAUGGAGAUUCCACCCUACACCUCACACUGGAGGAUGGAAUGGACAUUGAGCACAAGCUGGAUGAUAAGACAAAGAACCUUCCUCACCUCCGGAACCCUGACAUCCGUGGGGAGAAUGACCUCACAGCUCUUAGCUACCUCCACGAGCCGGCCGUCCUGCACAACCUUAAAGUCCGCUUCACCGACUCCAAACUCAUCUACACAUACUGUGGUAUUGUGCUGGUGGCCAUUAAUCCCUAUGAGAACCUUCCCAUCUACGGUAGUGACAUCAUCAAUGCGUACAGUGGCCAGAACAUGGGAGACAUGGACCCUCACAUCUUCGCUGUGGCUGAGGAGGCUUACAAACAGAUGGCCAGAGAUGAGAGGAACCAGUCUAUAAUCGUAAGCGGUGAGUCGGGAGCAGGGAAGACUGUCUCAGCUAAAUACGCCAUGCGCUACUUUGCUACAGUCAGUGGAGCAGCCACAGAGGCCAACGUAGAGGAGAAGGUCCUCGCAUCCAACCCCAUCAUGGAGGCGAUAGGAAACGCUAAGACGACUCGUAACGACAACAGCAGUCGUUUCGGGAAGUACAUUGAGAUCGGCUUCGACAAACGCUACCGUAUCAUUGGAGCUAACAUGAGGACAUAUCUACUGGAGAAGUCUAGAGUGGUGUUUCAGGCGGACGAGGAGAGGAACUAUCAUAUCUUCUACCAGCUGUGUGCGUCCUCCCAUCUACCAGAGUUCAAGAAUCUGAAGCUAGGUAGUGCUGAUGUCUUCCACUGCACCAAUCAGGGCCGGAACCCGGUCAUCGAUGGAGUCGACGAUGCUAAAGAGAUGUGCACAACACAACAUGCCUUCUCACUGCUAGGCAUCAACGAGUUGAACCAGAAGGGGCUGUUCCAGGUCCUGGCUGCCAUCUUACAUCUGGGCAACGUGGAGAUCAAGGACCGAGACUCUGACAGCAGCAUCAUACCUCCCAAUAACCGCCACCUGACGGUGUUCUGUGAGCUGAUGGGCGUGACCUACCAGGACAUGUCUCAUUGGCUGUGCCACAAGAAGCUGAAGACAGCCCAGGAGACCUACAUCAAGCCCAUCCCUCGGCUGCAAGCCUCCAAUGCCCGCGACGCGCUCGCCAAACACAUCUACGCCAAAGUCUUCAACUGGAUCGUGGACCAUGUCAACAAAUCUCUACGCGCCACAGUCAAACAGCACUCCUUCAUAGGAGUCCUGGAUAUCUAUGGGUUUGAGACGUUUGAGAUCAACAGUUUUGAACAGUUCUGUAUCAACUAUGCUAACGAGAAACUGCAACAGCAGUUUAACAUGCAUGUGUUCAAGCUGGAGCAGGAGGAGUAUUUGAAGGAGCAGACCUGGACUCUGAUAGACUUCUAUGAUAACCAGCCAUGUAUCAACCUCAUAGAGGCCAAGAUGGGGGUACUCGACCUGCUGGACGAAGAGUGCAAGAUGCCUAAAGGUUCAGAUGACUCGUGGGCCCAGAAGCUGUAUAACACCCAUCUGAAGACCUGCUCUCUGUUUGAAAAACCUCGCAUGUCCAACAAAGCCUUCAUCAUACAGCACUUUGCUGACAAGGUGCAGUACCAGUGUGAUGGCUUUCUGGAGAAGAACAAGGACACGGUGAAUGAAGAGCAGAUCAAUGUCCUGAAGGCCAGCAAGCUAAAGUUGGACCUGCUAGUGGAGCUGUUUCAGGAUGAGGAGAAAGUGACCAGUCCAACAGGGACCGCUCCAGGAGGUCGAACACGACUCAGCGUCAAACCAAAAGAGGUCAGAUCUGGAGCAAGCAGCAAGGAGCACAAGAAGACUGUUGGCUGCCAGUUCCGGAACUCUCUGGCUAUGUUGAUGGAGACUCUGAAUGCGACCACUCCUCACUAUGUUCGCUGCAUCAAGCCCAACGACCUCAAGUUCCCCUUCACGUUUGACCCUAAGCGGGCGGUGCAGCAGCUCAGAGCCUGUGGUGUUCUGGAGACCAUCCGCAUCUCAGCCGCAGGCUUCCCAUCCAGAUGGACCUACCAGGAGUUCUUCAGUCGUUACCGGGUUCUGAUGAAGCAGAAAGACGUCCUGUCGGACAGGAGGCUGACCUGUAGGAACGUCCUGGAGAAACUGGUGCAGGACCAGGACAAGUACCAGUUUGGUAAGACUAAGAUCUUCUUCAGGGCUGGUCAGGUUGCCUACCUGGAGAAGCUGAGGGCUGAUAAGCUGAGGAAGGCGUGCGUCCGUAUCCAGAAGACCAUCCGCUGCUGGCUGGUACGCAAGAAGUACCUCCGAAAGAAGCAUGCUGCCAUCACCAUCCAGAGAUACACCCGCGGACACCAGGCCCGCUGUCUGGUUAAGUACAUGCGUCAGACCCUGGCAGCCAUCACUAUCCAGAAGUUCCAGAGGAUGUGUGUCCAGAGGAAAGUGUACCUACAGAAGCAGGCUGCUGCCCUGGUCAUGCAGACUAUCCUCAGAGCGUACAUGGCCCGACAGAAAUACCAAGGGUUGCUGCGUAACCACAAAGCUGUGUUCAUCCAGAAACACGUGCGUGGCUGGCUGGCCAGACAGCGGUACAAGCGCUCCCUGCGAGCCAUCGUCUAUCUGCAGUGCUGCAUUAGGAGGAUGAAGGCCAGAAAGAGCUGAAGAAGCUGAAAAUCGAGGCCCGCUCCGUUGAACAUUUCAAGAAACUUAACGUUGGCAUGGAGAAUAAGAUCAUGCAGCUGCAGAGGAAGUUAGACGAACAGGCUAAAGACAACCGUGUGACCAGCGAGCGGCUGAACUGUCUGGAGACGUCCCACGCGGUGGAGAGUGAGAAGCUGAAGGUAGAGGUGUCUAAGCUGAAGGGGAUAGAAGAGGAAGCCAAGAACAACGCCAACCGUGUCACUU